CGUGUAGGCUCAGAACUGGCUAUGCAUGUUGUAGCAGCAAAGCCUUUGUUUUUAAGCAAAGACCUAGUUUCUUCAGAAGCAAUAGCAAAUGAACGCGAGAUUCUGAAGUCUCAGGCAGAAAGUACAGGCAAGUCUCAGAUGGCUAUAGAGAAGAUUGUGGAAGGGCGUCUCCGUAAAUAUUUUGAAGAAGUUGCUCUAAUGGAGCAAAAGUUUAUUGUGAACGAUGCUAUAAACAUUAAGACACUGGUGGAUAAUUUGUCCAAGGAGGUGGGUUCACCUGUGAAGGUUUCCAAUUUUCUGAGAGUCGAGGUUGGAGAAGGAAUCGAAAGGCUUGAAGCAUCUGAUGAACCUCUUGCUCAAACUGCUUGAAGAUGACGUGGAUCAAGGACUUGUGUUAGAUUUACAAACCACUUUCUUUCUUUGAGUCCUUUAGAAUUCAUGGCUUCAGUGCCAUCUUGAGAAUACAGAAUCUUUCCCAUAAUUUUGUUGUUAUAAAAACCGUCAGUUUUGCCACACAAUAUGGCAAUAAGAUCAAUGAUUGUACCUUCGGAAGCUAUGACAGUUACCAUUGUUUGUGUUCUC